AUGAGGGUUUGGGCGAUCGGCAGCGCCAUUCGCAGGGAGAAUCGGCGGCAGCGGCGGCGGGAGGGAUUGUGGAGUGUGUUGCAUCGGCGGCUACACGAGUAUUCCGGCGAUGGCGGCAAUGCCUGGGAUGUGGAGGAGGCGCUCAGGCUCCGGGAGGGGACGUCGUGCUCGUACAGGUAUACGUGCUUAGUCAGGCGGUGUAGGGAUCGGCAGGCGCUCGAGGAAGGGCGGUGCGUGCACGAGCAGAUCCGGAAGAACGGGUUUGAGGGGGAGACGUUCCUGGGGAAUCUGCUGGUGGAGAUGUACGCCAAGUGUGGGAGCUGGGAGGAUGCGAGGCAGGCUUUCGAGAAGAUAGAACACAAGAAUGCUUUCUCUUUCGGGACGGUGAUCGCCGCGGCAGCUCAAGAGAGGGAUCACAAGUGGGCAGUGGCUGGUUUGUUUGGGAGAUUGCUGCUGGAAGGCCUGAGACCGGACAGGCAGAUACUUCUCUGUUUGAUCUCGUCGUGCGCGUCGCUCGACACAGCCAGGUCGGCCCAUGCUUGCCUUGUAGAUAGCGGUUUAGAGCAGGAGCUGGGGAAUGCGAUGGUGAGCACGUAUCUCAAAUGCGAGGGGCUGGAGGAGGCAAGGGAGAUUUUCGAGAGGCUUGAGAGCAAAGGAUUGUUCGCGUGGACUGCGAUCAUUGGAGCCUGUGCUCAGAGAGGUCACAACAGGGAAGCGCUCGAGUUUUUCCAUCGGCUGGACUGCGAGGGUGUAAAGCCGGACAUUGUGAGCUUCAUUAACACACUCCGAGCGUGCACCAACUUGGAAGAUUUGUCCGAAGGGAGGGGAAUUCAUCGCCGCCUCUCGGCCGAGGGCCUCGACUCGGAUGUGAUCGUCGGCAACGCGCUGGUAAACAUGUACAGCAGGUGUGGUUAUCUGGAAGAAGCCAGGGACGUUUUCGACAGGAGUUUAAAGAGCGAGGCCUCAUGGAACACUCUGAUCACCGCUUACUCACGGGAAGAACGCUCCAGGGAUGCGAUCCAGCUCUUUCAGGAAAUGCUCUUAGAUGGUACCAAGCCAAACGAUGUGACGUUCGUCGGCAUAACUGGAGCUUGCAGUAAGGACCCCUAUGCAAAGCAGGUCCACGAAUGCGUGAUUGCUUCCGGGGUAGAGAACCAGCCCGUCUUGGGAACCGCAAUCGUGACCAUGUACGGGAAAUCUGGCAAUCUGGUCGAGGCCAGCCAAGUCUUUGACAGGCUUAGCUCCAGGAAUAUCAUCACUUGGAACACACUCAUGGGAGCUUACGCGCAGUAUGGUCACCCGGAUGAAGUUCUGAGGCUUCAGAAAAAGAUGGAGCUGGAAGGAGUGAAGCAAAACAGGGUCACGUAUCUGAGCCUUUUGGACGCUUGCUCGGAAUUGGAGAGCCUGACCGAUGGUCAGGCCUUGCACGCACGAAUCACCGCUACAGGCUACGUCGGUGACGCUGUUCUUGACAGCGCCGUCGUCAACAUGUACACGAAAUGCAAGAGCUUGGAGCGAGCGAGGCGCGUGUUUGAUCGAAUGCAGCUAAAGACAGAGGUUACGUGGACGACACUUAUCUCGGCUUAUGCUCAACAGGGCCAAGUUUGGGAGUGCGCUCCGAGGCCGAGUCCAUUCGUUCCAGGAUAUCUGCCAGUGGUAUCCUCCACUCGUCCGGUGUUCUGAGGAACAAUCUCGUCAACGUCUACGGAAAGCUUGGCGACGUCGCCCACGCACGCAGAGUGUUCGAGGAGAUGGAGACGAGAGAUGUGUGCUCGUGCACGACGAUGAUCGCAGCGUACGCGC